UGUGGUUUCAAAGCUGCAGCUGGCCUCUGCCCGGGGACUAGAUUACAGCCCCCUCCCCAUGGCCUCGCCCUGCUCACCUUCCCCCUCCUCCUCUGUAUCGCUUCCCCUCCACCCUUUGUCACCUUUGGCCAUGCAGCCUCACCUGGAAGCAGGGCCACAUGAGGGUGGUAAAAAUAACUCCCUGUGACAAUGUGUGAAGGGGCAGGGGAAGGAGGGAGGCCAAGCCCAGCACUGGGCAAGGGCCCCGGGAGGGUUCACUCCUCACACGUUACCUCAGUCACCGGCUCUGCUGCCCAGGCGCACUCCGGCACCACUGCAGCCUCUGCAGCCACCCAAGCCUGCACAGUAGCUCUCAGAGGGUCCCCUGGGUGCAAUCAGUGAUGCCUCUUGGUCCUGGCUCAGAGACCGGGCGUGCCGCCCCCAUCGAGAGUCCCGAUGCAUGCCUCUGAGCCCCUGCCCCAUGCCCAGGCCCCCAUGGCGGGCACAGUGGCAGCGGGCAGGCGGCGGCCCCCCCGGGUCAGCAUGCAGGAGCACAUGGCCAUCGAUGUGAGCCCAGGCCCCAUCCGGCCCAUCCACCUGAUUUCCGACUACUUCCCGCACUUCUACCCCUUUGCCGAGCAUGCCCUGCGCACCCCGAACCUUCGAGCCACAGCAGCUGCCGCCAUCAGCUCCACACUCCAGCUGCAGCCUGACCCGGAGCCAGAGGGGGACUCAGACAACAGCACUGCCCUGGGCACCCUGGAGUUCACGCUUCUUUUUGAUGCGGACAACAGCGCCCUGCACUGCACGGCUCAUCGUGCCAAGGGCCUCAAGCCACCGGCCUCGGGCUCCAUGGACACCUAUGUCAAAGCCAAUCUGCUGCCAGGGGCCAGCAAGGCCAGCCAGCUUCGGACACGCACCGUUCGGGGCACGAGGGGACCUGUCUGGGAGGAGACACUCACCUAUCACGGCUUCACCCCCCAGGAUGCUGCACGCAAGACCCUGCGGCUGUGUGUGUGCGAGGACCCACGGCUGCGGCGACGGCGGCGGGCGCCUCCCCUGGGGGAGCUGCGGGUGCCCCUGAGGAAGCUGGUGCCCAACCGAGCCAGGAGCUUUGACAUCUGUCUGGAGAAGCGGAGGCUGACCAAGAGACCCAAGAGCCUGGACACAGCCCGUGGCAUGUCCCUGUAUGAGGAGGAGGUAGAGGUGGCUGGUGAGGAACGCGGGCGCAUCCUGCUGUCACUGUGCUACAGCUCUCAGCGGGGUGGCCUGCUGGUGGGUGUGCUGCGCUGCGCCCACCUGGCCCCCAUGGAUGCCAACGGCUACUCGGAUCCCUUCGUCCGCCUUUUCCUGCAUCCAAACGUGGGGAAGAAAUCCAAAUAUAAGACCAGCGUUCGGAAGAAGACCCUGAACCCUGAGUUCAACGAGGAAUUCUUCUACGCAGGCCCACGGGAGGAGCUGGCCCAGAAGACGCUGCUGGUGUCUGUGUGGGACUAUGACCUGGGCACAGCCAACGACUUCAUUGGUGGGGUGCAGCUGGGCAGCCGUGCCAGUGGGGAGUGCCUGCGACAUUGGCGCGAGUGCCUGGGCCACAGCGACUGCCGGCUGGAGCUGUGGCACCCACUGGACGGCAAGCCCCUCCAGUUUAGUGACUAGCCUGGCUGGGCCCUGCUUGCUGCCCCUCCCCCACAGCUGCCCACACUGUCCCUACAGAGCUGGUACAGCCUGGGGCUGCUUCACCCACUGUGCCCAGCCCCCAGACAAACGGGUGUUUCCUGUCUCCCCUCUUUCACAUUCACCCCACCCCAAAUCACGAAGCUUAAAUAAACAUGUUCUUCAAGCCA